UAAUGCUGGUCCUCGUCCUCAAAACACCGAUCUUUCUUUCUUUUUUUUUUCCUCUUACCUCCCUCCACACUAUUAAACCCUAACCUCCUUCCGAUUUGGGUUUACUCGGCUCUGCUCUUCUUCAAUCCCAUAUCCAGGAUAUUGCUGGAAUUGGGUAUUUAGUCUCUACAUUUUUGCGCCAAAUGAACUGUCUAUGUCAGAGGUUUUUUUAAUUUGUAAGGAGAGAUACAGAUGGCUUCCUUUUUGUCUGGCGAUUCUUCUAACUUCGCUGUGAGUGAAAGUAGUUGCUAUAGACAGACUGAGGAUAAAGAGGAAGGAGGCUCUUGGUACUUCUCCAGGAAGGAAAUUGAAGAAAAUUCUCCAUCUAAAGUAGAUGGCAUAGACUUAAAGAAAGAGGCGUAUCUACGAAAGUCAUACUGUACUUUUCUGCAAGAUUUGGGGAUGAGACUUAAAGUACCCCAGGUAACAAUUGCAACAGCCAUAAUUUUCUGUCAUCGGUUCUACGUUUGCCAAUCGCAUGCAAAGAAUGAUAGAAGGACCAUUGCAACAGUGUGUAUGUUUCUCGCCGGUAAGGUUGAAGAAACUCCCCGGCCUCUGAAAGAUGUUAUCCUUGUCUCCUAUGAAAUUAUUCAUAAGAAGGAUCCUGCAGCAGCUCAGAGAAUCAAGCAAAAGUCUAUUCACAUAUAUGCAACAAUCACGCAGGAGGUAUAUGAACAGCAGAAGGAAUUGAUUUUAACUGGCGAGAGGGUUGUUUUAGGAACUCUUGCUUUUGAUUUCAAUGUACACCAUCCGUAUAAACCCCUGGUGGAGGCAAUAAAGAAAUUCAAAGUAGCUCAAAAUGCCCUCGCCCAAGUUGCAUGGAAUUUUGUUAAUGACGGACUUCGGACUUCUCUUUGCUUGCAAUUUAAGCCCCACCACAUUGCAGCUGGUGCCAUUUUUCUUGCCGCCAAGUUCCUCAAAGUAAAGCUUCCAUCAGAUGGCGAGAAGGUCUGGUGGCAAGAGUUUGAUGUCACCCCACGCCAAUUGGAGGAGGUUAGCAAUCAAAUGUUGGAGCUAUAUGAACAAAAUAGAUUUCCAUCUUCCGACGAUGUUGAAGGAACUGUAGCAACUGCUACGAAGACUAAAUCCAGGAUGGAGCACCAAGACCUGGAUCAUGGCUCAUCAGUUAAAAUUCCGGUCUCACAUGAGGCAACAAGUAACAGUCAUUUGCAGGCUGGAGGUACAAGAUCUGGAACCUCAAGGCCGGCAUCUAGGCCUGCAUCUGAGCAGUCAUAUGUUGAGAAUGAUUACCCUGCUAGAACUUCCCAGAGUCAAAAUAAUGACUACAGAAGUGCUGGAAUGACAGGUUCUUUGGAUCAAAAUAUGGAAGUCGAAGACAAUCACCACCCCAAAGUCGAGGAAGCUCAAAAUGUAUCAAGGUUUGUGUCCGAGGGACGUAGUGAAGAAGGCCAAGAAAGAGAGAGUAAUGACAGGAAGGGUGAAAUAAGGGAAGGAGGGGACAAACAUUUUGGCCGAAAUCUGGACAAUACACAAAGUGCCCUUGGUCGAUCACCUCAAGAAGCUAUUAAGAAAAUCGACAAGGACAAAGUAAGGGCAGCAUUGGAGAAACGAAGGAAAGCCACUGCUGAUAUGACCAGGAAAACAGAUUUGCUGGAUGAGGAUGAUCUGAUUGAGAGGGAGCUGGAAGAUGGUAUUGAACUGGCUGGUGGGAGUGAGAAAAACAAACGGGACAGAAGGCAAAGCUGGUCCAAGUCCUCACAUAGACAAGAACAUGAGAGCCUUCAUCAGGGAAAACAUCGGGAGGGUGUUGGAGAUGGUGGACCACGUUUUAGUGCUAUUGAAGAAGGUGAGGUAUCAGCCUUCGAAGCUGGACAUGAAUUUCCGUCACCCAAAUCAAGCAGUCGCAAGAGAAAGGAAGGAAGCCCCCUAGAAAUUGUUGCAGAAAAGAAACAGAGACAUGAUUAUCGCCAUAAUCACUUUGACCAUACUGAAAAUCAUAACAGGGUAGGCAGAGUUGGCCACACUGAAAGGGAUAAUAAAAGGCCUGUACAGGAGAAUCAUGUCUGAGGUGGUGUCUACUAUCCUGAGAGGAUUUGACACAUGUAUCAUGAUUUCUUUGCUGAUGGUUUUGGGUUACACUGUCCCUUCUUUUCCAGCUUCUGAAAAUUGUUCUUGUCAAUUAGUAUACCUCUCAUUUUAGACUUCCAUGUAUACCAUUCCUCCCCGUACUGUGCUUCAGAAAUCCCUAAGAGGCCUUUAUCAUCCUAAAUGGUCUAUACAUGCUUCGGAUGUAACCCUGUACUAUAGUUUUAAUGAUGAGAAUUUGAUGUAGAAUCUUAUAAUGGUUAAAAUUGAGAAGAAACCCUUGAUAUUUUCUAAUCAAUGAGCUGGGAUGCGUCAUUUUCUUCCCUUUUUCGAUUUUGUA